CCGGACAAUGGUCCCAAGUCUCUUUUGUUCUUCAACGCUUAUAAUGGAGGGUGUUUGUAGGACAGAAGGGCCAUUACAGCUUGAGUCUGCUGAACUGUUCAUACAUUUUCUCGAUUUCUUAUCCUCUUCAAGAUCCUGCACGAAAUUUUACUGCUUGUUAUUAUAAUAAUUUCAUGAUGAACGCUCCUAAGCCAUGCCCUUCUGUGCCUCUUCCCGCUUCUCCUGCUCCCCCAGCACCUUUAGUCGUUCGUCGCCGGUCGUCAACUUUUACUUCGAUUUCCAACUGGGCAAAUGCCGUGCAGCCAGGAUCUCCUGCUCCUUAUUCCCCUCCGCUGUAUUCUCCUUCUGGCUCCCCUGGACUUGUAGCACGUCGCCCUUCUUUGCCACGUCGCCCCUCAAUUUCUGCGGCUCGAGGAAUUAAUCGCCGUCGUCCCAGUAUAUCUCAUAUACGCGCCCGUUCUGGUUCAGCUUCUUUUCUACAACUUGUCGAUACCCCCACUACCGCAGGACACAGGUCUAUACCUACACCAGGACCUGUUAGCCCAGGCAAAGUCUCUGAUUUUGACUUGACUAACCUUGGUUAUACAUCCAUCUUCGUGCACUUGCCACACACGCCAUCUACCCCAUCUCCGUUCAUACUUCCUGCGAACACUGAUAAAAUCCCUAUUCCAUCUACUCCUCGGACACCUCCAGCGGCUCCUACCAAAGGUCUCAAACGAUUCCGAUCUUUAGGAAUGUUAAAAGGCCAUCGCAGGCGUGGCAAGUCAGUUGCUCCUCCUGCUAGCCCAUCCACUACAGCAGCAGUUCCUCCUCUUCCUCGGUUACCCAGUGCAGAAUCCGCAUCCAUACCUCCAUCAUCACCUACUCAUCGGAUCCCCGCAGCUACGAAAUCAAAACCCGUCUUGACACCUCCUCCCUCCACUACUACUUUCAAAAAGGCGAAGAAAGCUUCAGCAGCAGCUCCGCCGCUCCCCCCUACACUCGCCAAUGAACUUCUUUUAAUGCAAUUCAUGGGCGGAGGAUCCCUCGAGACGCACGCAAAGAGGGUUAUGGAGAAACAAGCCCGUGACGUUGCUCCCGCUGGUCAUUCCAAAGACAUCAUUGCAUCUACCACAGCUGGCACUGCACCUUUUGGCGUCGGCGUCGGCGCCGUCUACCGUGAUGAGAAAGGUAUGAUGUGGUGGGAUGCAGAAGAAGCCGUCGAAUAUCAACCUCUUCUUCCUCCCUCGUCCCCUGGGAGUCCAGGAAGUCCUACUAGAACAUGGGUGCUCUUCGGUCACCCUAGUCCCAGAGCACACAGAUUAGCAGGAUUCAAUGUUCAAGACGGAGACGAACGCCGCGGUUCAGUGACAUCGUCCAUCCCUUCCUCACCUUCGCUAUCGCUUUCCUUAAACCACAUGAUCACCCCCGCUCCCAUAGACACAGCCGCUAGAGCUAUGCAUCUCCUCCGCAUCCCCACAAGCGAGAUGAGUGCGAGCUUAGCAGCUCUGAACUCUAGUCUCACAACUGCUUCUGGUGCAGCGGCUCGUCAAAGACGAAACAAGCGAACCCGGCGUCGUCCUGCGCCGCUUAAACUCCAUUCAGCACCAGCUGUGCCUACUGCGUCUCAUGUGUUACAUCUUUUCGACGACUCCUUCGUACCUUCACCCGCUAUCCGUCAGAUCGGAAAUAGCUCUGUAGAUAUUUCUGCGCCUGCGACUUGCACUGAUUUUCCCCCUCCUCCGAAAGAACCCUCCGACUUGAUUUCUAUCAAAGAGGCCAAAAUCUCAAAAACCGGCUUUAAGGGUAAAGCAAGAGCGCUUUUUGGUGGAUUUGCUUAGAUGAAACGAAACGAACACGACGACAACGUUCUCCGAAUGAAUCUUCAGGCUGGAUACCUCCCAUUUAUUUCUAGAUCCAUCUCAUUGUAUCACUAUCUUGUUUGAUUUUGUUGGAUUCCUUUG